AUGUUUACCCACGGCCCCGCUCCGCCUCCUCUUGCAUCGGCGUACGGACCUCCCACUCCGCAAGGACCGCCGUUCCCUGCGCAGCAGCCGUACUACCAAAGCCCGCCACCCUAUGCGCCCGCUGCUCAACGCGCAUCGUUCAGGUCAUACGACUCAACGCCACCUCCUCGUCGGCCAUCACUCUCCCCGGCGCCGCGGGAGCCGUCAUCCUACAAACAAGUUGCAAAGUCAUUCCUCAUGGACCAACAUGUCGAGGUCCAGAUUAAUGCGAACGUUUGGGUCAUGGGGGUAGUUGUUGCCGUGUUGAAUGCUGCGCACAAGAUCUUUGGCUGUGUUUACCACGUUGAGUAUACCUCCCCAGACACGCACAGACCCACCCGAUCCGAUUUCUGGCCGUCGAGCAUCCGUGAAUGCCGUCGCUGA